CCACCCCUGGUCGUGUCGUUUCUUUUGAUUUAAUUUAGUUAAUUUUUGCGAAUUAAUAAAUUUAUCACACAAAAUGGCCCCACCGAAAGCCAACAACAACCGUCCGGCGGCACGGCGCAAAAAGUCCAGCAACCUGUUGCCGUCGCUCGUGGAUAAAUACCUGAAUGUGGCCUUUCUCCGGUACCUGGUGCUCGAGCCGGCCGCCUUGCCCAUAAUUAGUGUUUUGAUUGUUUUGGCGGAGGCAGCCAUCAAUGUGUUUGUGAUACGGCGCGUGCCUUAUACGGAAAUUGACUGGGUGGCCUACAUGCAGGAGUGCGAAGGCUUCCUCAACGGAACAACCAAUUAUGCCCAGCUGCGCGGUGAUACCGGUCCCCUGGUCUAUCCGGCGGCUUUUGUGUACAUCUACUCGGCGCUCUACUACAUAACGUCACAUGGGACGAAUGUGCGUGUGGCGCAGUACAUCUUUGCGGGGAUUUAUCUGCUGCAAAUGUUCCUGGUGCUGCGCCUGUACUCCAAGAGUCGCAAAGUGCCGCCGUAUGUGCUCGUCCUGAGUGCCUUCACUUCGUAUCGCAUCCACUCGAUCUAUGUGCUGCGUUUGUUCAACGAUCCCGUGGCCAUUCUCCUGCUCUAUGCGGCGCUCAAUCUCUUCAUGGAUCGCCGCUGGACCUGGGGCAGCAUUUUCUUCAGCCUGGCCGUCGGCGUCAAGAUGAAUAUUCUGCUGUUUGCGCCCGCGCUGCUGCUCUUCUACUUGGCUAAUUUGGGUGUGCUGAAGACUGUCCUGCAGCUGGCAGUUUGUGGUGUGAUUCAGCUGCUGCUCGGCGCUCCCUUCCUGCUCUCCCAUCCCGUGGAGUAUUUGCGCGGCAGCUUCGAUCUGGGUCGCAUCUUCGAGCACAAGUGGACGGUGAAUUAUAGGUUCUUGAGUCGCGAACUCUUCGAGCAUCGCACGUUUCAUCUUUCGCUGUUGGGUCUGCAUUUGCUGCUCCUUUUGGCCUUCGCCAAGCCCACGUGGACCUUCUUCCAGAGCUACGUGCGCCUGCGCAGCGUGCAGGAUCAACUGCAGCCUCAGCUAGCGAAGAAAAACAGCGAAGUGCAGGCACAGAAGAGGGCCAAGAAGGAAGCCAAGAAGCAGCAGCCGGACACCGAGGAGCUAACCAGCGAACAGAAAUCAUUUUUGAAAGCGUUCGAAAAGAGUUUGCAAAAGUCCGCAGGCGGCACGGCAGCCCCAACCGCUCCCCUGGCUCCACCUAAGGCCGAAUCCGAGCGCUAUGACAUCCACUUUGAUCGCUGCACACAGCUGGCGCUGCUGCCCUUCUUCCUGUGCAACUUUAUUGGCGUCGCCUGCGCCCGCUCUCUGCACUAUCAGUUCUACGUUUGGUACUUCCAUUCGCUGCCUUAUCUGGUGUGGUCCACCAACUACUCGCUGGGCGUGCGCUACCUCAUCCUGGGCAUCAUUGAGUACUGCUGGAACAGCUAUCCCAGCACGCAGCUGUCCAGCACGGCGCUGCAUCUGUGUCACUUCGUGUUGCUCGUGGGCGUGGGCCGGCAGGUCUAUCAGACGAUGAGGAUAAAUGCGGCAGUGAAGCAGCAGCAGCAGCAACAGCAGCCGAAGAAAGUGCAAUAACUAGUCAUACAAUUGUGUUCCCCACUGUACUUGUGCCAAAUGUAAAAGAUUCAAAGGUUUA